AGUGCGCACCGACACCGACACGCACGGCAGCUGUGUUCCUCCGCUGUGAUUGGACGGAGGGCGGUGAUUCCUUCUGUCACGAUUUGGGUCGCUCCCACCGGAGGACACCGACCGUCUGAGUCCAGCCUUUACCGGGGUGCCGAGCAGAGGAGACACCGGGAGGAAGCGGGGGGCUUUUUCUUCUCAGGGGCUGCGCUGACAACUCGUCCUUCCUGUCGGUGCCGGUGAGGAAGGAGAAGGUGGGAGAAGGUAGAGAAGGGGGGAGACCGUCAGUGCUGGAGCGACCAGCCGCCUUUUUUCUUCUGUCAGGGCUGCGGUAAAAGUCGUCCACGAUGCCGGUGUUUCACACCAAGACCAUCGAGAGUAUCCUGGAGCCGGUGGCCCAGCAGAUCUCCCACCUGGUCAUCAUGCACGAGGAGGGGGAGGUGGACGGUAAAGCCAUCCCGGAUCUGACGGUGCCGGUGGCGGCGGUGCAGGCGGCAGUCAGCAACCUUGUGCGGGUGGGGAAAGAAACAGUUCAAACCACAGAGGACCAGUUGAUGAAGAGAGACAUGCCUCCUGCAUUCAUUAAGGUGGAGAACUCGUGUUCUAAGCUCGUCCAGGCGGCUCAGAUGCUGAAGGCAGAUCCGUACUCUGUUCCUGCACGAGAUUACCUGAUUGAUGGAUCCAGAGGGAUACUGUCUGGAACGUCCGACCUGCUCCUCACCUUCGAUGAGGCCGAGGUGCGUAAGAUAAUCCGUGUGUGUAAAGGAAUCCUCGAGUAUCUGUCGGUAGCUGAAGUGGUGGAAACCAUGGAGGACCUCAUCACUUACACCAAGAACCUCGGACCAGGUAUGACCAAAAUGUCAAAGAUGAUUGAGGAGAGGCAGCAGGAGCUGACGCACCAAGAGCACAGACAGAUGCUCCUCAGCUCCAUGAACACCAUCAAAGAGCUGCUGCCAGUACUUAUCUCAGCUAUAAAGAUUUUUGUCGCCACCAAAAGCAGUCGAGGUGCCGGUGUCGAAGAGGCAGAGAGGAACCGAAAGUUUACCUUUGAAAAGAUGAGCGCUGAAAUCAACGAGAUUAUAAGAGUCUUACAGCUCACCACGUGGGAUGAAGACGCCUGGGCCAAUAAGGAUAUGGAGGCUUUGAAGAGAUCUCUGGCUUUGAUUGAGUCAAAGAUGGCACAAGCUAAAAGCUGGCUCAGAGACCCUCAUGGACAACCAGGAGACCCUGGUGAGGUGGCGCUGCGAGUGAUAAUGGAUGAAGCUGGUAAGGUGGGGGAGUUGUGUGCUGGGAGGGAGAGGAAAGACAUACUGGCAACCACCAAGGCUCUGGGCCAAAUGACUGACCAGAUCGCAGAUCUACGAGUCAGAGGCCAGGGCCCGACCCCAGGCUGUGUGCAGCGAGCAGGCCAGUGCUCACAGGGCUUAGACUUGUUAUUUGGCAAAGUGGACAGUGCUGCCCGCAGACUGGAGGCUCUAAUCAAUGCCAAGCAGGCCAUCGCCAGGAGGCUGGAUGCUGCACAGGCCUGGCUGGCUGACCCUAAUGGUGGUCCUGAAGGGGAGGAGAACAUCAGAGCGCUACUAGCAGAGGCCAAACGCAUUGCCGAUCUGUGCGAAGACCCCAAAGAGAGGGAUGACAUCCUGCGCUCCAUAAGUGAGAUUGCAGGACUCACCGCCAGGCUGAUGGAGCUCCGCAGACAGGGUAAAGGUGAUACACCAGAGGCCCGUGCGUUGGCGAAGCAGAUUGGAGCAGCACUGCUGACCCUGCAGUCUAAAACCAACCGGGCCGUGGCCAACAUGAGACCAGCCAAGCCCGCCGUCACCUUGGAGGGCAAGAUGGAGCAGGCCCUCCGCUGGGUGAACAACCCCGGAGUGGACGACAGAGGAGUGGAGUGUGAGAUGCUACAGUGGAACACAGGUCAGGCAGCAAUCAGAGGAAUGGUUGGGGAAGGAAGGCGGCUGGCAGGAGGCCUGUUAGGCCCAUAUCGACAGGAUAUGGUCGGGCGCUGCGACCGAACAGAGGGUCUAAUGGCAUCGUUGGCAGACAUGGCCGGCAGGGGUGAGGCUGAAGCUCCUCAUGCACGAGCUACAGCUGCACAACUGCAGGACUCACUGAAGGACCUGAGGCAGCACAUGCAGGAGGUGAUGACCCAGGAGGUAUCUGAUGUUUUCAGUGACACCACCACUCCCAUUAAACUGCUGGCCGUGGCUGCAACUGCCCCUCCUGAUACCCCCAACAGACAGGAGGUUUUCGAAGAGCGUGCAGGAAACUUUGAGACCCAUGCAGGUCGGCUGGGGGCGACCGCUGAGAAGGCUGCUGCUGUGGGAACAGCUAAUAAGAGUACAGUAGAGGGGAUACAUGCAGCUGUGAAACAUGCCAGAGAGCUCACGCCACAGGUGACCUCUGCUGCUCGGAUCUUGCUGAAGAAUCCUGGUAACAAAGCAGCAUAUGAGCACUUUGACACCAUGAAGAACCAGUGGAUUGACAACGUGGAGAGACUCACUGGUCUGGUGGACGAGGCCAUCGACACCAAAUCUCUGUUAGACGCUUCUGAGGAGGCUAUAAAGAAAGACAUAGACAAGUGCCGAGUUGCCAUGGCAAAUGUUCAGCCACAAAUGCUUGUUGCCGGGGCAACAAGCAUAGCCAGACGAGCUAAUCGGGUCCUGUUGGUGGCUAAAAGGGAAGUCGAGAACUCUGAAGACCCGCGGUUCAGAGACACUGUGAAACACGCCUCAGACAUCCUCUCACACACCAUCUCACCCAUGGUGAUGGAUGCCAAGGCCGUGGCUGGGAACAUACAAGAUAAAGCUCUGCAGAAAGCUUAUUUGGACUCAUGUCUGAGGAUCUUGGCUGCAGUCGGAAAAGUUCGAGAAGCCUUCCAACCUCAAGAGCCCGACUUCCCUCCUCCACCGCCUGACCUGGACCAGCUCCACGUUAGUGAUGAACAAGCGCCACCUAAGCCUCCUUUGCCAGAGGGCGAGGUGCCUCCGCCUCGGCCUCCUCCUCCAGAGGAAAAGGACGAGGAGUUCCCGGAGCAGAAGGCUGGAGAGGUGCUGAGCGAGCCCAUGAUGGUGGCAGCCAGGCAGCUGCACGAUGAGGCACGCAAAUGGUCGAGCAAGCCUGAGGAUGAGGAGGCAGUAGAGGAGAGGGAGGUAGAUGAUGAAGAUGAGUUUACUGAUGGUGAGGAUGACUAUGAGCCAGAGCUGCUGCUGAUGCCCUCCAACCAGCCUGUCAAUCAACCCAUUCUGGCAGCUGCCCAGUCUCUCCACCAGGAGGCGCGCAAGUGGUCCAGCAAGGGCAACGACAUCAUUGCAGCAGCCAAGCGGAUGGCUCUGCUGAUGGCAGAAAUGUCUCGACUGGUGCGCGGCGGAAGCGGGAACAAACGGGCGCUGAUCCAGUGUGCUAAGGACAUUGCCAAGGCAUCAGAUGAGGUGACGAGACUGGCUAAAGAGGUGGCCAAGCAGUGCACCGACAGACGCAUCAGAACGAACCUGCUGCAGGUUUGUGAGCGAAUCCCAACCAUCAGCACUCAGCUGAAGAUCCUGUCUACUGUCAAAGCCACCAUGCUGGGACGAACAAACAUCAGUGAAGAGGAGUCAGAGCAGGCCACAGAGAUGUUGGUCCACAACGCCCAGAAUCUGAUGCAGUCCGUGAAGGAGACGGUGAGAGAAGCAGAAGCAGCUUCCAUCAAGAUCCGCACAGACGCAGGAUUCACCCUCCGCUGGGUGCGCAAGACCCCCUGGUACCAAUAAACAUACCUGCUCACUGCAACACUCUUAACUUUGCAUAGAUAGCACAAGCCUUGAGUAUAAGUAGCGAUGUGCCGACUCACCAUGAGCGAGCAUGUGCACCUCAAGAGGAAACUGCAGGAUUUUUGAGCCAUUCUCCACUGCAGUUUGGGUGUGUGCGUCAGGAAUCUUUACAUUUGGUACCAUGCAGGUUUCAUUUAUUGGAGUGAGUUCAGCUUUGCUCUCCAGUUUCUUUAAUCUGUAACUGUGGAGUCACGCAGGCUUAUGGGAGACAGUUUUUAAUAUAUAUUUUUGGUAUGUUGUGUUACGAGACUUUAUCCAAAUCCCAGGUAUAUAUUUUUUGCAUGAAAAUUUUUUCUAUUUUCUAAAGGCAAAUUAUGACAUUAAGGUACUUAGCUCCUAGAGGACGUUUACUUUGCAUUCAGUUUUUUUCAGUGAGAGUUUCUUAUUGUCUAAUGUACAUACAAUAAUGAUUUGUUUUAUGGACAAUACUCAGCUAUGGGGUUUAACACUAAAGUGUGGAGUCUUGCAUGAGCUGAUGAGCUCUCCUCUCUUCAUGUUUACUUGUAGUAAUAACGCUGUUCUUAACUAAAGAUCUACAAAUUCAAAGGUGACACAUCAUCACUGCUGUCCAGUGAUGUUUAUACUUGAACAACUAGAAGGUCUUCUGGAUUAAAGCGUUAUAGAUACAGAUGACACAGUUUUAAAUGCAAUUGUAUAAUUUGGAAAAAAAAAAGUGUAUGGUGUCAAUCGCAAAGCUGUAUUUUGUUGAUUGAGGAAGACGUUUAGAUGAGAUGUUUUUAAUGUGUGUUUUGAGUUUUUAUGUUUUCAUUUUAUUUAACUUUCACAGUGAACAAAACCAAAGGAUUUAUUUUACUGUAAGCUUCAUAAUGUUCUUAACACUAAAAAUCCAGGUUAUUACAAACAACAGUACAGAUCAUUUUCUUUAGAGACCCUGGAAUACUUUUUGAGGUCUGUUGUUUUUUAGCAAAAAAAAAGUUGUGAAUGUUUCCCUCUGCUUUGCAUCUUUUUUUUUUCUUUUUUUUUAAAUCUACUUGUAGUUUUUUGUUUUUUUUGUGUCUGCACUCUGCGUAACAGUUGAACUGUUUGGGAUUUUUUAAAAGUUAUCAAAGCCAAUGGUUUUACAGCCUUCCAUCAUCUGGUUUUUAGACUUUUCUCUACUUGUGAGCUCAGUAGUCCCACUUUGAUGCUCGAAAGCAUCACUUUAACCCAUAAGAAUCCACGGUGACACCGGUGUAACAAGCACUUUGAGUGCCCCAGUCUCUUCCUUGUAAAGCUUUAUGUCUGACCUUAACUCAUUAAGUCCUUUAAGGAAAAAUGGGUCUGGGUUCUUAUGGGUAAAACCAUUUUUUAGAUGACCCCGGUGGUUUGAGAACAAAAACUAGCUUUUUGUGUGUGAUAUCAGGUGUUGAUGCCAGCCUCACAGUCUGGAUAUUUUCAGGUUUAAAUCCAAAAAAUAAGUGUUUCAUUCUGGGAUUAAAGGAAUAAAGAAUUCUCUAUAUUACAAGUAACCAGAUCAGUGAAUGCAUAUUUUCAUUCAUUCAUUUUUUAUUUAUAAAGGCUGACUAAAGUUAAAUGUUAAAUGAAGAUUCCGUAUGUGUGUGUCUGUGUGAAGUAUUCACUUGAACAGUAUUAGUGAGUCGUCCCCAUGAUGACCGGGGACUGAGCGCUGAAUAGCAGCACAGAAUGUUAAUUAACUGCAUUUUCAUUUUUAUUUGGGCCUACUGAGCAUGUAGCAGUCACUGACCCCUCACUGAGAGCGACAGGGUGUAGAUCUGUGUGUACUUGAUGUGUUCAUUCACACCCUGAAUGUAUUCUGAUAGCUUCUAGCCCUGCCAACACAUCUGCUGUGCCUUGGAAGAAUAAAAGAUUAUAAAGAUGA